AUGAAGAGCGAGAAACUAAGAGGCGAAGCUUCUCAGGGUAUGAUUUUGGCAGCCGAGAAGGAAGCAGCUGGAAACACGAUAGGAGAGCCAGUUCUCCCACCACAAUGCCCAGUUAUUGGCGAAAGGUUAUUCUUUGACGAUCCGGAUAGAGAUUUUGAACCGCCUAAAUUGAAAAGCAAGGUAUGGGAGUACCUUCAGCCAAAAUUAAAAACCAACGAACGGUCGCAACCUGUGUUUGGUGAAAAGGAAAAGGUCCUUCGCGGGACAAGCUCUGAUGACUUUGCUUCGGUGCAGUCCUUGGCGAAUGCUAUUAUAAAGUAG